AUGGGACAGCAACAAGCCAUGUCGGCCGCUCAAGGGCUGCAACCAAAUCUUCUUGGUUCGGUUCAGCUGCCACCGCAGCAGCAGAAUGAUCAGCCGUAUUGGUCUACGGGUGUGCACGAAUUAAGACGGGAAGAUGAAGCAGGCGAUGAUGAAGAAGCUUUUCCGAUGUUGUUCGUUUCUUUAUUGAGCUUUUCUCUUGAUGAUUUCGAUCCUUGA